UUUUUAUUUAAUUAAAAUAAAAAAAGAAAAUUUUACAAAAAAUAAAUUAUUAAUUCCCUAAAGCAUUUAAAUACACAAAAAUCUUCUUUCCUUUUUUACAAAACACAUACUCUAUUCUUUCAUCUUUUUUUAUCAUUUUGCGCGGUUAUUUAUCAAAAAACAUUUUUCUAAUUUUUUCCCCUUAUUUUUCAUCAAUUUAUUUGGCUUAAAAAAGGAAUUGGUGUUAUAUUUCUUUGUUAAAAUUGAAACAUUUUUAUGAAAAUAUUAAAGAAUUGGAGAGGUGAGGGGGGAAGGGGGGGGGGGAGGUUGGGUGGGUUAUUUAUUUUUGGAAAAUGGAAAGAAUUUUAAUUUGUUAAAAAAUUAAAAAAUAUUUUUUAAAUUUAUUUAUUUUUAUGUCAGUCAUUCUAUAGUUGGUUUCUAAAAUUAAAAAAAAAGGAUUUUCCAGAAAUUUCUUUUUUCUUUCUUCAAAAAUGGAUCUCUUACAUUUAAAUUGUACUUUAUUGGAUAAUUUAUUUAAUAAUCAAAAUAAUUCUUCCACAAUCUCAACAACUUAUUCAGCUACUUCUUUAAGUAAAGGAAGCGCUAAUGCUGUUUCUGAUAUGGCUUUAACUGUUGGAAAUGUUGAUUAUUUUAUUCAACAUUAUAUAUUUCCAAUUCAAUUUUUUCUUGGAGUUUUUGGAAAUUCUAUUAAUUUAGUUGUUUUACUUUCUUCUGGAAUGAAAAAUCAAGCAAAUAUUUUACUUGCAGCAAUGGCCUGUGCUGAUUUAACUUUUUUAUUUUGUAUGCUUCCAAAUUCUCUAGUUUCUUUUCCAUUAUUUUAUCGUUCAAUUGGUUUUGCAUAUUUUUAUUUUUUUGUGUUGGCAGUUUCUUUAGAAAGAUUUACUGGGGUUUGGCGUCCAAUGCAUACAUGUUUUCAAUUACGUGAUAGACGCUUAUUUUUACUUAUUUUGAGUAUUUUUGUAUUUGCCUUUUUAUUAUCUUUUUAUCAUCAUAUCGACCACAGAGUUACUAUACAAAUUCAAUGCAAUAGAGUUUGGGCUAAUUUCCAGCAUAUUAGCCAAUUAAAGAAUAUUUCCCCCUUUUUAUUGAAAUAUUUGAGAAUAGCCAAAUAUGGCCAAUCGUUAAUUGCUGUAAUUCUGCCUGUUAUUGCUGUUGCUAUAUUAAAUGUUUCUUUAGUUUAUUUUUUGAGAAAAAGGAGAAGAAUAUUAAAUAAUAGUACAAAUAAUUGUGAUGGAGAUUUAAAUGAAUUUAAAGAACAAGAAUUUAGAUACUCAGAUAUAGGAACAUUUCAGCGUAGAGAAAGAAAAGUAACUGCAACAGUUAUUGCUAUUGUUACUUGUUUUACAAUAACACACUUGCCAACAUUAUGUCCAGUUAUUUGGGAACAUUUUUUGCCAAAUAAAAGGAGGGUUGAAUUGGUUACUGUUACUGCUGUUUUGAAUUGUAUUUUGGUGACUGGAAAAGUUUUGAACUUUUUCUGUUUUUGUUCAAGUUCUGAACAUUUUAGAAAAAGAACUGUUUUGAUACUUAAAGCACAAUUGUGUCAACGCCGUUCUCGAAAGAAAUAUUCUUCAAUGGUUGCUUUAUCUAAUUUAGCUACACAAACUAAUUUAACUUUAAUUCAAAAUGGUUCUAAUCGAAAAAAUUCGAGUUCUGCCAGAACAUCGAGAACAACUUCCCAUUCAAUUAUUUCUUCAAAUCAACAACAACAACCAAAUAAUAAUUACAGAAUACAAAAACAGUCUAUACUUAGUUUAAGAGAAGCAUUAUUGAGACAAAGUGGAGCUGAAUUUGAUGAUAUAAUAAUUAAUUGUAAUGGACAACAACAAUAA